AUGUCGCGCACCAGAUUCCUCAUGCCCUGCUGCUGCAUGCUCCUAGUUGCAGCGGUGCUUGCAUUGGCCGAUGCCUUCGUCGUGCCAUCUUCGCCACACGCAUCCUCGGCACCCAGCCGCAUCAACAAGAUCGACAGGGCUGAGCCAAUGAUUUCGAGCGAUGCAGGCGCAGUGUUCAUGUCAGUUCUGGCCGGUCUCAUCGUGGGAGUGGCCGUGCCGGCCAGCAGCUUUGCAACCUACGCAGAGAUGAAGAAGGUGGCAGAGAGACUGCAGGCAGCGCCCAGCAAGGCGGAUCGCCUGAAAGCGAGCCAGCAGCAGCUGACAGAGUACGCGAAGAAGGCCGACUACGACAGCACUGGCGUGUGCGGAUGCCAGGUGAUCAAUCCAUGUCCCACCUACGUCACGUGUGGUUGCCUCCGCCCGAAUCAGAUCCAGUCGUGCUUGGCAGCAGUUGCGACUUGCAUGCAGAACUGUCCCACCCAGUAUCCUUCGUGCGGCAUGUCGCGCUCCAGAUUCGUCACGCCCUGCUGCUGCAUGCUCCUAGUUGCAGCGGUGCUUGCAUUGGCCGAUGCCUUCGUCGUGCCAUCUUCGCCACACGCAUCCUCGCCGCGCAGCCACAUCAACAAGAUCGACAGGGCUGAGCCAAUGAUUUCGAGCGAUGCUUGCGCAGUGUUCAUGUCAGUUCUGGCCGGUCUCAUCGUGGGAGUGGCCCUGCCGGCCAGCAGCUUGGCUGGCACGGGUGGAGCGAGACCGGACUUCCAGGUGGUUCGACCAGGCUUGAUGCAAGGCAUCGAUGGAGCUUCGGCUGCAACGAAACCCGGCGAGAUCGACCAUGUCACACGCAGCAGAAGCGAGGCAUCCUAUUUCCCACAAGUUCUGGAAGAGCUGAAGCAGGAGAAGGCGAAACUGGAGGCAGCACCCAGCAAGCAGGAGCGCCUCAUACAAGACAUGCAACAGAUGCGGGAGUACGCGAAGCUGGCCGUGUUCCACACCUCUGAAGUGGCACUGGGGCAUCGCUUGAUAGACCAUGAGGACGUCCAGAUCAGAUUCCCAGCCGCCGCAUCCUCCAGGCCGCAGGUUUCCAGCGCCGAACCGGGUGAGGCGAGCUAUGACGGUCAGAGCGAGGUCUGUUGGAGGAUCCCCGUCCUGGACAAGAGUGAGCCAAACGGCAAUCUCGAGUUUGUGGCGAAGACGGACUCCGCUUCGCUGCUGCCAUUCACCUUCGAUGCUGUCAGGCGGGGUGCCACGAAGUGCCCGAUGGACAUCAUUGAGUGCUACCACAUGGAGAAGAAGGACGCUAUCGCUUUUGCGUGCGAGAAGGCAGCUCUGGCACGUUUUCUGUCACGAGGUUCCGUCCUGCUGCGCUGUGGGAAAUUUAUGCUGCACGUCCCUGGCAUUCGUGGUGUGAUGAACAUGCUCGCGGCAAUUACUCCCAGUGCCCAGCGCAGCUUUAGCGGAGUGCAGCACGCUCUUUUCACAGAUGCCUCGCUCACGUAUCGAAGCUUUUGGGCUCGAGCCUUCCAGCUCGAGCCGGUGAUGUCGGGGCCGUGGGUGUGCCCCGGCUCCGACCCGGAUGGUUGGGAGGGCACGCAACUCCACGAGGGCGACUAUGUGGAGAUUGCGUGCUACGACACCAACCAUUGCCGCCAAGGUACAGCUUUGGUGCGGCUGGAUAGGCUGGCGGAGAAGAGCAAGCGUGGACAAUGGGCCGAGGCUUCGUUUAUCGUCGUCAGCGACGAGCACCUGAGAUGGUGGUUGGACAGUGGAGAGGGCCAGGCAGAUGCCGCGAAGGCAAACGAGGUCGAGGCAAGGCAGCAGAUGAUGGAGGAGGAGGCCUUGAAGGGUCUGACAGAGCUUGAGAAGGAGAUCGGCAGAGGAGCCAGCCUGCAGCUGAUGCUGCAGGAGUACGCCCAACGAAGGACAGGGAGCAGGACGCCGCCAGUGGCCACCAACUGGACGCUGACAAUGAUGGCGCCGAAGCAGCCGCCGAUCCGCCUCCUACGGGAGAUGCGCACCCUCGCGAUGGCCCUGGACGAGAUCGCAGCAGGUCGUUACCAGUACGCGGCGGACGUGCUGGCACAGAGGCUGAAGGCACUGGAGCUGUUCCAGAGCGACGGCGGCUGGAAUCGUGCCCAGUACCUGGAGCUGCUGGACGCAGAAGGGCCCAGCCUGCUAGGUCGGGACGAGGCGGUGAUGGCGUCGAAAGAAUGGGUGGGCGAGCUUCGGAUGCGCCGCCUGCAGACCAAAGGAGGAGGAAAGGGAGAUCCCAAAGGAGACCCCAAGCGCGAGACGAAGGGGGAUCCGAAGGGACAAAGGGGGGCAAGAAAGGAAAAGGAGGCAAAAGGAAGGAACUCACUUUUGUCGGAUGGGGUCUUUGACUUUGACCUCGGGGACCUUGGUGACAGUGACGAUGAAGGCCUCCCCACGGAGAAGAACUUGAAGCCGUUCUGGGCGGAGAUUGCAAAAGGAAUCUCCAUGGAAGAGUGGAGGACGAAGAUGAAGAAGGCGAUGGAUCGAGAGCCAAAGCUUAAGUGGGUGGGCAAGCUGCUCCUCGAUGCCAUCUUGUCCUUCAAGACGGCCCUUGGAAACUUUGCUCGCGCACACGCGAACCCGGAGGAGCUGCCCCCGGGCGACGAGCCCACUUCACACCGAAGCCGUCGAGGACAGCACGGGGACUUGAUACCUAUCCACCCUGCCCUUAUUAUUCAAGGCCUGGAGGGAAUCUCCACUGACAACCUCCACUGGGUCCGUCUUAUUUUGCUAGGGCUGGACUUCCUGUAUUGCUCCGCGUGGUCAAAGGCGGUUUGUGUGCCAAUGGCUCGGGCACUCACCACCAACCAGAAGGAGGCCAUCAAGCGAAUUGGGGAGCAGGUAGACCGUUUCAUUCUACGUGAGGACCGGCUCCCUCCGGCCAAGGCCGCGGCUGCAAAGUUGUGCUCUAAAAAGUUUGAUUAUAAUGGUCAGCCAGUGGAGCACAUGAGGGACCUCGUCGCCGAGAAGGUCCUGAAGGCCUGGCCGAAGGUCGGAUCCACGACGGUGGUAGACCUGAGGGACUGCCUGCCAGAGGAGCUGAGAACUGCCCUUGAUCGGCCACGGGACUUCUUGCUGCCCGAGGCAGAGCUUCCGGAGAGGCACAGGGGGUCCAAGGUGAGGGCCUCCGAUGAGGAAUGGCACAAGAUUGUGAAAGCCGGUUACGACCGAGGAAUGUUUGUAGCUGUCGACGACCGUGAGGUGCCCCGGGACAAGCAGGGCCACCUCAUCACGAAUGGGGCCGGGGCUGUUGUGAAGAUGAAGAAGGAAGGGGGCCGAGACGUUGAAGCGCAACGCUUUAUCUCGGUUCUGUGCCCCACCAACGAUGCGAUGAGGCUGCUGCCAGGGGCCCAAAACAAGCUCCCAUACAUUGGGCAGCUUACCGCUAUUUUGGCGGAAAGGGACUCGUACCUGGUCCUUGACUCCGAGGACCUGUAG